GCAGUCCUUGUUUUCCCACUGAUGGCGACUCGACGAUCGGCGCGACUGCUGCCUGGCCCGCCGCCGCAGACGCCCGCAUUGAGCGCAACAGCCUUGUCGCCGUCAUCCCAAGGCGAAGUGGCGCCGACACGGCUGGACGACCGCGCCGGACCAUCCUCGCGUCGCUCAGCCAACUCCAUCUCAAUCUCAAAGCCAGCAACGCUGGUGGUCAAGGAUCCCAACGCACCGAGUCGCGAAAUUUAUGGAUUUGUGUUUUAUCUCGCCGCAUGGGCAGCCUGGGUGGCCUAUAUUCUCUGGGCGGUUGUUCCGGACGAGUACCUGCGCAUGGUCGGCAUCACGUAUUUUCCUCAAAAAUACUGGGCUGUGGCUGUCCCAGCUUAUGCAUGCAUGAUUUGGGUCUUUAUCUACUGGUUUUACCUUGCUUCCAAUCUGCUGAGAGUGCCAGCGUUGGACUCGACUGCAACCAUCCUUGAUUCGCACACUGUGACGAGACCUGCCGCUGCAAUUCUGGCCGAGAUUGAACAUCCUCAGGCCAUCCCGGCGCUUGCAGACAUUCCAGUGUCAACGGUGCACCGCGUCAUGUUUCCAGAUGAAGAUGACGACAAUAAGGACGACGACUGAAUGGACCUGAUUUUCAAGGGCAAUUCGACGAAAUGUUCCAUCGGAGCGAGUGGUCACCAGACUGGUUCGAGCACUGCAAGAAGCACCUAGAGAGUAUUUUCAUCAGUUUUGCAGGUCGCAACCUGACAUGGCUCGCAGCAGAUGCAAAAGGCAGCGAUGUUGGAUUUUAUUGCGACGUCUCGGCCAUCCUUUCCUCGUGGUGACUUGAGUCAUUCGCCAGUGAUCCUGCGUUGAUGACUUGAGCUGCUUGCCAAGUGAUCCAGCUCAAUUUCUUUGACGCACCCACCUGGUCAAGACAACCAAAUUUCAUUUCGCGCUGGCCAUUUUUUCGAAUUUAGUCGAAUGAUCCCUGUAUUUAACUCCCACUGAGCCGCCACUCUACCAUUACAUUUCUACAUUCGCAUCA